AUGGCCGAGCACAGUGUCGAGCCUGUCUCGGAUGAGAAGGCUGUCCACCAGCGCCAUGAUCUCGACGGCGCGGUCACCAACGUCGACGAGCUGCGCCAGGGGUUCUCGAUCCCUUCCCUCCUUGCCAUCGCGCUCAUGCUCGGCGGCGCGUGGGCUGCCUUCCCUCAGCUCCUCGGCGUAACGAUCCCGUACGGAGGGAGCCUCAACUUGAUCUACAGUAUCUGGAUCGUCGGUGCCGGGUGCCAGUGCACGUACAUGACGGUGAGUGCGAGCGAGACGACCGAGAGUCGCGUCGAGGGUGGUACGCUGAUACCGCAGAUGGGCGAGAUGGCCUCGGCAUGGCCCACCUCGUCCGGCCCGCAAGAGUACGCUUUCCAGCUCGCCUCGCCACGCUUCAAGCGCGCCAUGUCGUACGCGACUGGGUGGAGCAUGUCGAUCAUGUACCUCUUCGCGCUCCUCGCAUGCACCGUCCUGGAAGCUGGACAGAUCCUCGCCAUGGUGUCGUACGCCCACCCGAGCUACGAGCCCAAGAAGGUGCACAUCUGGGCCGUCAAUUGCUGUCUCCUCGUCGCGGGCGCGAUGAUCAACAUCUUUGGGAUCACAGCGAUGCACCGGCUCCAGACGUUCUCCCUGCUCUUCUUCAUUGCUGGCUUCUUCAUCUGGCUCAUCGUGCCAGUGGCGGUAUCACCGCAGCAUGCGACGCCCAAGGAAGUCUUCACAACCGUCUUCAACCAGUCGGGGUGGAGUGACUUUGUCGCCAUGAUGAUAGGCCUCAGCUUCGUUCAGCCGGGCUACGGCAUCCCCGACACUGUGACGCACCUUGCCGAGGAGACGUCCCGCCCAGAGAUCGACAUCCCUCGCGCCAUGUACCUCUCGCCGGCUAUCUCGACGGUGACGUACACCGCCAUGGCCAUCUCCAUGAUGUUCUGUGGGGUCGACUUUCAGACUCUGCUCGACUCGCCAACAGGGUACCCUUACUACGACUUCCUGUCGCACACGGUCGUCAACCGCAUCGGCGUGAUCUGCCUCAGCACGAUCAUCCUCCUCGGCGCCGUCCACCCCAAGCUCCAAGUCCCUGUCUGGUCCAUCGCGCUCACUUGCGUGUUCAACUGCCUCUUCUCGCUCCUGCUCCUCGGCUCUGACAUGGCACUUCACACGAUCCUCGGCUGCAUCCAAGUCCUCCAAGCUUGGGUGUAUGUGCCUCUCCUGGGCUUACUCAUGUGGCGCAUGCGCAAGUAUCCGGAGGUGCCGCCAAUGAGCCUCGGCCGGUGGGGCUGGCCGAUCAACAUUGGAUCUAUGGCGUACCAGUUGUUCACGGCCGUGUUCUGGCACUUCCCUUACACCUGGCCGUACGAUGCCAUGGACUUUAGCUCGUCCUCGGCGCCAAAAGAUCCCAACAAGCAGUGGAUCGAGUUUGACCCAGACGACCCGGCAGCCCCGCAUAACUGGUCAAGACCGUACAAGACCUGGGUUGUCAUGCUGCUCUCGUGGCUCAGCCUCAGCCUUACUUUCGCCUCGAGCAUCUCCUCGCCGACCGUCCACCAGCUGAUGCGCGAGUUCAACUGCAGCUGGGAAGUGGGACAGCUCACGACCACCAUGUUCCUCAUCGGGACCGGCAUUGGGUCGAUGCCCUCGGCACCACUGUCUGAGCUGUUCGGCCGACUGCCAGUCUACAUCAUCUCGCUGGCCCUCGCGACCGUGUUUGCGGUCGGGUGCGCCGUGUCGAACAGCAUCACGUGCCUGUGCAUCAUGCGCCUGCUGGGCGGGUUCAUGUCGGCUGCUCCGCUCGCCAACGCAGGCGGGAGCCUCAACGACGUCAGCAAUGCAGUCAUCAGGUCCCUCACGCUACCAGUGUACGCCGCGACAGGGUUCGUUGGCCCCGUGCUUGGCCCGCUCGUCGGCUCGUACGUCGCCAACAGCCCGCACCUCGGCUGGAGGUGGUGCUACUGGAUCGUCGUGAUCGCCAACGGCGCCGCCUUCCUCACCACGACGCUCUUCAUGCCCGAGACCAACGCCGCCGCGCUGCUACGCUUCAAGGCGUUCAAGCUCCGCCGUGCAGGCCACAAGGAGUGGUUCGCGCCCAUCGAGGAGGCAAGCCUCGGCCAGGCUACUGCCGACAGCCUGAAGCGCCCGUUCAAGAUGCUCGCAGUCGAGCCCAUCCUCCAGCUGGUGGUGCUCUACCUCACAAUCGUCUACAUCUGCCUGUACGGCUUCUUCGUGGCCUACCCCAUCGUAUUCGGAACCCACGGCAUCGGGCCGGCGAAAGUGGGGUUGAUGUAUAUCCCCAUCCUCGUCGGCUUUGCCCUUCUCUUCAUCAUCAAGUAUCUCCACUUCCUGCGGUAUCGCCGGCUUGCGACACCACCGGCAAAGGAGAUUCCCUCGUCGCCAGUGGUACCCGACACCAACUCUGCAUCGUCGGACAGCGCGACGAUCGUCGACGGCGGCGAGGCCAACGACGUCGACUGGGACGGCAAGCUAAUCCACGUCGAGCCCGAGGAGCGGCUUAUCCCUCUCAUGUUCACGUGCAUACUCCUCCCUGCGGGCCUGUUCUGGUUCGCGUGGACCUCGCCGUCGAGGUACUCUGUGUGGGCGCUGAUGAUGAGUGGUAUCCCAUUCGGUAUCGGUGUGCUGGGCGUCUUCCAAGACUCGUACCUCUACCUGAUCGACGCCUACGGACAAUAUGCGUCCUCUGCCCUCGCGGGGGCAACAUUGGUCCGGUACGUCGUCUCUGGGUGCGUCAUCCUCGCAUUCCCGAGGAUGUUCCAGACCCUUGGCCAUCCAUGGGCCGGCUCACUCCUCGGGUUCCUCGCCGUGGCGAUGAUCCCCGUCCCCUACGCAUUCUAUUACUUCGGCUCGCGCAUCCGCGCCCGGUGCGAGUUCACCACCAGGCCGCCGUCGUAGGUUUAGCACCGGCAUCAUCGACACCAUCUCGAGCUCGGCUGGGCUCUGUACUCUAGCAGCAUGCAAGCAUUGGCAGG